AUGGUCUUUACUGACUCUAUGGGCUCAGCCCACAGAGCAGUGGACCCCUCCAUGCACUCUGGUCAGGCUUUUAGCCUGUCGGUCUGUCGCGCUCUCCAAGAGUGGUUUGAGGUGGAUGAUCUCUGCUGCAUCACCUUCAUCUACGUUUCAUCUGCAUUGUGGUGGGAUAUUCAUGGUGAGGCACACAGGUACGUCACCGAACUUAAAGUCAGGGUUGGACGUCGCAAGACGGACAACUCUAUAGACACGCUUCGCUCUCAAGCGGUGCACUCAGUCCUGGACUCGUGGAGUUCCACUUUCAAGGAUCCAACUUACCGAGGCUCUGAAUUUUUAGAGCUUCAACAGCCUGACGGGCGGCCGCUACAGCCAUUGUACCUCAAUGGGGGACCUUGGCUUUCAUGUUUUGGACACAGUAUUACUGAGUUCGCUCGUGUCUGCCCGUGUAUAACUGGCCACACACCCAUUGGAGCGUAUUACCAUCGCUUCAAGAUCAAUGAGCCUCACGGCUGCACUUGCGGGGCUGCUUUGCAGUCUCGCCAGCACCUCCUCUUUCGCUGUCACGAUCGAUACUCUGUACACUAUCCCCGCUUUCUCGGGGAUAUUGCAUCGUUUAUGAAGUACAACCCCACAGUGUUUGGCUUCAACCGAGACCCUUCGGGGGUCAGAUAA